AUGGCUGAAUGGUGCGCUGAGAAUUUACGCGACUGUCAGGCUUGGAAAGCGGAAGGUAUUCAAAUUUCAACCACUUCCAAUGAAGCAGCACGUUUAUUUGACGCUCUUUUACGUCAAUACGUUUCGUGGAGUGACUGUGCACAAUUAGGUGGAAUGGAUCAAACGCUUCGAAUAAUGCUUGAAGCAGAGCCAAAUGCUAUAAUGAGUCGAGUAAUCUCAUUGGGUUUGGAAGUGAUGGGAACAGGUCGAUCGAUACGAUUAGAUCAAAAUUAUCGCAAUCAAUUAAACCAAUUGUUAAAUGAUGCAACAAAAUAUGGUACCAUAUAUGAGAGAAAUCAUGCUAAAGCUAUCCAUUUGUUUGCUAAUGAUAAAAUGCUAGCAGCAUGUGAAGAAUGGGAAAAAAUUUUGAAUGAAAUACCAAAUGAUUUGUUGGCGUUAAAAUUUGCACAAGACGCAUACUUUUAUUUGGGUAAUAAACAAUGUAUUCGAGAUAGUAUUGCCCGGGUAAUACCAAAAUGGAAAUCAACAACACCGUGUUAUAGCUACCUUUAUGGUAUGUAUGCAUUUGGCCUGGAAGAAUGUGAGCAGUACGAUGAAGCUAAGAAAUAUGCCAAGAAGGGACUUGAAUUGAAUAGACAUGAUGGUUGGGCAACACAUGCUUUAGCACAUUGUAUGGAAAUGAAUGGUUGUGUGGAAGAAGGUAUUCGUUUUAUGGAAUCAACUGAAACCGAUUGGAAUAAAUGUUCCUUACUUGCAUGUCAUAAUUACUGGCAUACUGCACUUUAUUACAUCGAACUUCAAAAAUAUGAUGAAGCAUUAUCAUACUACGACAGAGAGAUUGGAAAUCGUACAAAAAGUGAUGCAAUGCUGGACAUUGUUGAUGCAUCUUCAAUUCUUCUUCGCUUCGAAAUGGAAGGUAUAUCAGUUGGUGAUCGUUGGAAAGCUCUUCUACCAGUUGUUAAAUCACAUCUGAACGAUCAUAUAUUAGCUUUCAAUGAUGCACAUAUUCGUAUGGUUAUUGAAGGUUGUGAUGAUAAGACAAUAAGAAAGGAUCACUGUGACAGCAUUGCAAAUUUUAUAGAUGACAGUAGUGGUGACAACAACGAUCGAACUCGAAAUUUCGGAAAAUCUAUCUGUGAUGCGAUAACUUUUUAUUACAGCGGUGAUUAUCAUAAAGUUGUUCAGACAUUAGCACCCAUACGACACAAUGUGUACAAUAUAGGUGGCAGUAAUGCACAGCGUGAUGUAUUCGCACAAUUGCUUAUUCAUAGCGCUCUUUCGUCAACAGAAAUGGAUGAUCACAAGCUUGGAAAGAUAAUAUUGGACGAACGAAAUACAAUAAAAAAGAAUUCAACUCUAGGUCAAAGAUUACUGUACAAAUAUGAUUGGUUGAAAGAGAAUUAA